UCCUCUAGUUUUCUAGUAAAGAACCAUCAGUCACACCCAGCCGUCUUUGUAUCAGCCAAAACAAUAUGGAACUCCAAAAGCUAUCAAAUGGCCACCACCAUGGCUUUGUCCCUUUGGAAGAUGAGUAUGUGUCCUCUUUGACUGCACAUAUUGCUAACUGGCAUGCAUGAUAAUAUAGUUCCCCCAGUUGUGUGCAUGAUAGUAUUUUUAUUAUAAAAAGGCCACCAAGAUUCCACAAAUUCGUGUAUUUGUGUUUAUUUUCUGACAAAUAAGACUAUUACCAGUUUAUUAGGUACACCACCCCAUUCAUGAAAAUGGUUCGCUCCUUCAGAUAGUGAGUCACGUGGCCAUGGCUUGCUAUAUAAAGCAGGCAGACAUGCAUCGAGGCAUUCAGUUACCGUUCGAUUGAACGUUAGAAUGGGCAAAACGAGUGACCUAAGUGACACUGAGCAUGGUAUGAUUGUCGGUGCCAGGCGCGCCGGUUCCAGUAUCUCAGAAACAGCCGGCCUCUUGGGCUUUUCACGCAUGACAGUGUCUAGGGUUUGAAUGGUGCGACAAACAAAAAACAUCCAGUCAGCAGCAGUCCUGUGGACAAAAACAGCUUGUUGAUGAGAGGUCGGGGGAGAAUCGUGCAAGCUAACAGGCGGGCCACAAACAGGCAAAUAACAAUGCAGUACAACAGUGGUGUGCAGAACGGCAUCUCGGAAUGCUCAACUCAUCGGUCCUUGUCACGGAUGGGCUAUUGCAGCAGACGACCACACCGGGUUCCACUCCUAUCAGCUAAAAACAAGAAGAAGCAGCUCCAGUGGGCACGCGAUCACCAACACUGGACAAGUGGGGAGUGGAAAAACAUUGCCUGGUCUGAUGAAUCCCAGUUCCUGUUGCGUCAUGCUGAUGGCAGAGUCAGGAUUUGGCGUAAGCAGCAUGAGUCCAUGGCCCCAUCCUGUCUGGUGUCAACGGUACAGGCUGGUGGUGGUGGUGUAAUGGUGUGGGGAAUGUUUUCCUGGCACACGUUAGGUCUCUUGAUACCAAUUGAUCAAUGUUUCCAUGCCCCAAAGAAUUCAGGCUGUUCUGGAGACAAAGGGGCUCCAACCCGGUACUAGAUAAACUGGCCACUGAGUGUAUAUUUUAUAUACCUGGAAAAAGACCUGUGAAAACUAGCUUUUUGUAAAUAAUAGUUUUUACAUUUUAACGUUUUUACAUUGAUGCAUUUGAAACAUUUAAAUUGAUACAGUACUCCUUAAUGAACAGCAUUUUCAAGCACCCAAUGGAUUAUAAUGAUGCUUUGCUUGGCUGAUGUUGGACAUUGAUGAACAUGAGUGUUGUUUAACCUCAUUGUUUUCUAUUUCCUUGGUUUGAUUGACAUAAUAGCAUCCCACAGGCGGAAGAAGAAGAGGAGAUGUUACCACAUAAGAGUGAUGGGACCAAGAAGCCCCAGUUUACAGAUGUGAGUAUGAAGAACUAUGGUAACAGCUUUGGAGCCAGCAGUCAUCGUUUUUAUGCUGAUAUGUCAUGAAAUGCCAUUAUGAGGAGUUAUAACAACUGACAUUCAUGUCUUUGUAUCCUUGGCAGUUUGAGGGGAAAACCUCUUUCGGAAUGUCCGUCUUUAACCUCAGUAACGCCAUCAUGGGGAGUGGAAUUCUGGGAUUGUCGUACGCCAUGUCAAACACAGGCAUCAUUCUCUUUAUGUGAGUACAGCAGCACACGCUGUGUCCCUAUGUGAUUCCCUGAAGUGACAACAGUCAACCCACUGGGCAAAGACGUCAAUUCAACAAUUAUUCCACGUUGGUUCAACGUAAUUUUGUUGAAUUGACGUGUAAACAAUGUUGAUUCAACCAGUGUGUGCCCAGUGGGAAAUGAGUACACACACACCCACCAAGUUAAAUAUUAACUUGGCAGGUCAAGAUUUGGGGGGAAGGGUUAUUUGUCUCGUGUUUCUUUUUUGUCAAAAGGUCACAGAUGCAGCUACUCCCAAUAUGGUUUGAUACACACUAUUACUGCAUAACGCAUUGCAACAAUGUUACCAAAACAGUACAGUGAAAAGCUGAAAAAUAUUAUAUGAAAAAUAGUCACUCUAAUAUUUGACAUUUAUGGUUAUUGAAUGGUUAAAAGAACAGUGAAGAAGAGUGGUGUGUGUUGGUGUGUCCAUAUGUAAUUUUAAUGGUGAGAUUUGAGACACAUGCGACUCCUAAAUCAAAUUUCAGGAGUUAAAUAUAGCGAAGAGUUGGCAGAUGAAUCAUAGCUUGCAUGUGGGCACACCAAAUAUAUGCCUCCCCAGCAUGCUUUGCAACCCAGCUCACAUUCAUGUCAGGGCCAGUCAAGAGUCAUAAAAAAAAAAAAUGCUUAUGAAUAAAUAAUUUGAGCAUUGUCCGAAUCAAGUUACUAUCACAAGAGGCCAGUUUCUUCUUCCAGUGUUUACUUCGUAGUAAACUGUUUGAUUAAUCUGUGAAGAGGUGGGCUGCCCAUGGGAUUCAUUAUUUUAACAUUGUCUGAAACCACAUGAAAUCAAUUAUGUUGUUUACCUUGCCAAAAUGUCUAAGUCAGUUGUUUGUGCUCCCAAGAAUCCUGCUGACAUGUAUCGCCUGUCUGUCCAGCUACUCGGUUCACCUUCUGCUUAAGAGUGCUGGAGUUGUGGGUGAGUAUGUGUCACUAAGGACCAGCCCUUGGAAUCAAAUUAGUAGCUGAAUCACAGAGUUUAUCAUAACAAGAUGAGAAAAGUAAACUUUGUGUGAACAAACUUUCCCUUCACAUCUGGACCAUUGAAAAACCAGUCGUUUUACCCCUUCACAGAAAUACCUCGCUUUUUUAUAGACAAACCUAUAGUAGGGAUCCACUAUAUGAACCAAGCUGUCUGUAAAUUAGUAGUUGUAAGUUGCUUUAGAUAAAAGUGUACUCUAAUGACAUGACAGAUAGAUCCUGUCCCAUUUCUACUCUUUCACAGACUAAUGCCUAUUUUGUCUGUUCAGGUAUUCGUGCGUAUGAACAGCUGGGAUUCCGUGCUUUUGGACACCCAGGAAAAAUAGCAGCGGGAGUCAUUAUAACCUUUCACAACAUCGGCGGUAAGUGGCUAGGGGGGCCAUGGACUCAUGCUGCUUACGCCAAAUCCUGACUCUGCCAUCAGCAUGACGCAACAGGAACCGGGAUUCGUUGGACCAGGCAAUGGUUUUCCACUCCUCAAUUGUCCAGUUUUGGUGAUUGGGUGCCCACUAGAACUGCUUCUUCUUGUUUUAGCUGAUAGGAGAGGAACCCGGUAUGGUCAUCCAGUGGUGGAAAAAGUACCCAAUUGUCAUACUUGAGUCAAAGUAAAGAUACCUCAAUAGAAAAUGUCUGUAGGAGCGAACCAUUUUCGUGUACCUAAUAAACUGGCCACUGAGUGUAUAUCCAUGUACAGUCCUUCCACUAACACAUAGUAUCUGUUUUGAAAAUAACCACAUUGGCACAUACAAAUGCACUCAUGGCUUCCCAGCACUCAUGGAUUUCAUGACUCAUAAAAGUUUUAGUGGUUCAGGAGAGAACGUUUUCCUCCAAUGUUUGUGUUUUAAAUACAGGUAAAAUGGGCUUUGUGUGUCUGUGUUUUCUUUUGAUAAUAGAAGUCAACAACUCUAAAAUAUGUUUAAUCCCCUCCAGCAAUGUCCAGUUACCUCUUCAUUGUGAAGUAUGAGUUGCCUCUGGUCAUUCAAGCCUUCAUGGGCUUGUCAUCGAACACUGGGUAAGUGGAGCAGCACCUUUCUUUUUUUGUUUAAAAAUAAUAUUUAUUUAAGUUUCACAUUUUACAAUCAUAAAUAAUUAACAUAAAUACAAAUAAACUUUCACAUCAAUACAUUUGAGUUCAUAAUUACAUAACAUGAUUUACAGGUUUAAUAGUAUCCAUGGACGUUUUUUGGAGUCUUAUUUCUUAUUUUUUAGUUCUGUUUUGAUUUGUAAAAAAAAGUAAUAUAUAUAGUGUUUGAACAAAAAACUGUUGUUUUAUAGACUUAUAGGCAUCUUGUCUUCCAAAUUGUGCUUUUCACAAUGCAUAUUAUCGUCAACAAUAUUUGUUUAGUAAUGUAAAUGCAUAUUAUUGUCCACCAUACUUCUUUAGUAAUGUCAUCUAUGUGAAUAUCGAAGACAGACUUGGGAUUUAUACAUAGGUCAACAUCAUAAUUCUCAUCAGAUUCCAUAUUUCUUUAGUUUUGUAGUAUUUCACUAGGAGGCGUUUUAAUUUCUCUUCAUCAUGACAAAACAACUCCACUUUACUACAGCACGCACUGGUAAACAUCGUACUGAAAUCAAUAAGGCUUAGUAUCUCUGACAUUUUCUGACAGUUCUGGACAGAGUAGAUUUUUUUAUACAUUAUUUUGUACCUGCAUGGGUCAGGUUGCGGUAUGUACUGAAGCCCGUUCCUGCCACCCACAUUUUUAAAAUCUGACUUCGAGUUAUGAGAUAGUAAGUCAUAACUAUGAGAUACUAAGUCAUAAUAACGUGAUACAAAGUCAUAAUUAUGAGAUAGUAAGUCAUAUUUAUGAGAUAGUAAGUCAUUAUUAUGAGAUACGUAAUGGCAUAUUAUAUUAUUAUUAGUAGAUAGUAUGUUUGGAUCAUGGACAUUGAAUAGUCCUGUAGGUCGACUGGAGGGUCAUCUGGGAUUCAAACAUUAACAAAGCAUUGUUCCCGCCACUUUAUUUGGUAAACAGCUGAGGAAUGAGGCAGGUGAAAUGUAACUACUCUCAAAUACAUAGAUGCAAGGACUCUCUCAUAUGGAUUUUGAUCUCAUGGACUGACCAUCCAUGAGAUCAAAACAAUGUUUUGAAGCUAUACAGCAUUUGUUUACAAUUACAUUGUCUACAAACAAUGAAGUAAAACAAGCUUAUAUUUUGGAUUCUGAAGGAGUAAGACUGUUGCUCAUGAGGCAUUUCUAAGUUACAUUCUUCAAGAAUCAGUGGCUAUAUAUAAGUCCAAAAAUGGAUGUACCAGUCCCAGAUUGCCCCUGUAAUGGAUUGAAUUGAAUUAAUUAAAUCUGAUGUCAACCAGAUGUCAUCAAACAGGUACCAACUCACAUCAAAAAAGCUCUCCAAUACAUAAUAUAGAACAAUAUCACCACCAACUCUCUCUCUCUCUCUCUCUCUCUCUCUCUCUCUCUCUCUCUCUCUCUCUCUCUCUCUCUCUCUCUCUCUCUCUCUCUCUUUCUCUCUCUCUCUCUCUCUCUCUCUCUCUCUCUCUCUCACACACACACACACACGUGAUUCAUGUGAUACAAAUUGCCUAAACGUAUCUCAUAAUAAUGACUUACUAACUCAUUAUUAUGACUUACUAUCUGAUAACUUACUAUCUCAUAAUGACUUAGUAACUCAUAAUUAUGACUUAGUAUCUCAUUACUAUGACUUUGUAUCUCAUAAUUAUGUCUUAAUAUCUAAUUAUUAUGAGUUACUAUCUCAUAAUUAUGACUUACUAUCUCAUAAUAACGACUUACUACCUCAUAAUUAUGACUUAGUAUCUCAUUAUUAUGACUUUGUAUCUCAUAAUUAUGUCUUAAUAUCUCAUUAUUAUGAAUUACUAUCUCAUAAUUAUAACUUGCUAUCUCAUAACUCGUAGUCAGAUGUUCUUGUUUAGGUGGUGGAAACAGGCUUCCAUAUACAGUCGUGGUCAAUGUUUUUGAGGAUGACACAAGUAUUGGUCUUCACAAAGUUCGCUGCUUCAGUGUUAUGAGAUAUUUUUGUCAGAUGUUACUAUGGUUUACUGAAGUAUAAUUACAAGCAUUCCAUAAGUGUCAAAGGCUUUUGUUGACAAUUACACUAAGUUUAUGCAAAGAGUCAAUAUUUGCAGUGUUGACCCUUCUUUUUCAAGACUUCUGAAAUCCACCCUGGCAUGCUGUCAAUUAACUUCUGGGCCACAUCCUGACUGAUGGCAGCCCAUUCUUGCAUAAUCAAUGCUUGGAGUUUGUCAGAAUUUGUGGGUUUUUGUUUGUCCACCCGCCUCUUGAGGAUCGACCACAAGUUCUCAAUGGGAUUAAGGUCUGGGGAGUUUCCUGGCCAUGGACCCAAAAUGUCGAUGUUUUGUUCCCCGAGCCACUUAAUUAUCACUUUUGCCUCCAUCAUGCUGGAAAAGGCAUUGGUCGUCACCAAACUGUUCUUGGAUGGUUGGGAGAAGUUGCUCUCGGAGGAUGUGUUGGUACCAUUCUUUAUUCAUGGCUGUGUUCUUAGGCAAAAUUGUGAGUGAGCCCACUCCCUUGGCUGAGAAGCAACCCCACACAUGAAUGGUCUCAGGAUGCUUUACUGUUGGGAUGACACAGGACUGUUGGUAGCACUCACCUUGUCUUCUCCGGACAAGGUGUUUUCCGGAUGCCCCAAACAAUCGGAAAGGGGAUUCAUCAGAGAAAAUGACUUUACCCCAGUCCUCAGCAGUCCAAUCCCUGUACCUUUUGCAGAAUAUCAGUCUGUCCCUGAUGUUUGUCCUGGAGAGAAGUGGCUUCUUUGCUGCCCUUCUUGACACCAGGCCAUCCUCCAAAAGUAUUCGCCUCACUGUGCGUGCAGAUGCACUCAUACCUGCCUGCUGCCAUUCCUGAGCAAGCUCUGCACUGGUGGUGCCCCGAUCCCGCAGCUGAAUCAACUUUAGAAGACGGUCCUGGCGCUUGCUGGACUUUCUUGGGCGCCCUGACGCCUUCUUCACAACAAUUGAACCUCUCUCCUUGAAGUUCUUGAUGAUCCGAUAAAUUGUUGAUUUAGGUGCAAUCUUACUAGCAGCAAUGUCCUUGCCUGUGAAGCCCUUUUUGAGCAAAGCAAUGAUGACUGCACGUGUUUCCUUGCAGGUAACCAUGGUUAACAGAGGAAGAACAAUGAUUUCAAGCACCACCCUCCUUUUAAAGCUUCCAGUCUGUUAUUCUAACUAAAUCAGCAUGACAGAGUGAUCUCUAGCCUUGUCCUCGUCAACACUCUCACCUGUGUUAACGAGAUAAUCACUGACAUGAUGGCAGCUGAUCCUUUUGUGGCAGGGCUGAAAUGCAAUGGAAAUGUUUUUUGGGAUUAAGUUCAUUUUCAUGGCAAAGAGGGACUUUGCAAUUAAUUGCAAUUCAUCUGAUCACUCUUCGUGACAUUCUGGAGUAUAUGCAAAUUGCCAUCAUCAAAACUGAGGCAGCAGACUUUGUGAAAAUGUGUAUUUGUGUCAUUCUCACAACUUUUGACCACGACUGUACACUACCGUUCAAAAGUUACGGGUCACUUAGAAAUGUCCUUGUUUUCGAAAGAAAAUCAAUUUUUUUGUAACAUCAAAUUGAUCAGAAAUACAGUGUAGACAUUGGUAAUGUUGUAAAUGGCUAUUGUAGCUGGAAACUGGCCUUCUUGAGACUAGUUGAUUAUCUGGAGUUUCAGCAAUUGUGGGUUCGAUUACAGGCUCAAAAUGUCCAGAAACAAAUAACUUUCUUCUGAAACUCGUCAGUCUAUUCUUGUUCUGAGAAAUGAAGGCUGUUCCAGGCGAGAAAUUGCUUAAGAAACUGAAGAUCUCGUACAACGCUGUGUACAGAACAGCGCAAACUGGCUCUAACCAGAAUAGAAAGAGGAGUGGGAGGACCCGGUGCACAACUGAGCAAGAGGACAAAUACAUUAGUGUCUAGUUUGAGAAACAGACGCCUCACAGGUCCUCAACUGGCAGCUUCAUUAAAUAGUACCCGCAAAACACCAGUCUCAACGUCAACAGUGAAGAGGCGACACCGGGAUGCUGACCUUCUAGGCAGAGUUGCAAAGAAAAAGUAAUAUCUCAGACUGCCCAUCUUAAUCUUUUCUUUUUAUUGGACAGUCUGAGAUAUGGUUUUUUCUUUGCAACUCUGGCUAGAAGGUCAGCAUCCUGGAGUCGCCUCUUCACUGUUAACGUUGAGACUGGUGUUUUGCGGGUACUAUUUAAUGAAGCUGCCAGUUGAGGACCUGUGAGGCGUCUGUUUCUCAAACUAGACACUAAUGUAUUUGUCCUCUUGCUCAGUUGUGCACCGGGGCCUCCCACUCCUCUUUCUAUUCUCGUUAGAGCCAGUUUGCGCUGUUCUGGGACCACGCAGCCGUCAUACCGCUCAGGAAGGAGACGCGUUCUGUCUCCUAGAGAUGAAUGUACUUUGGUGCGAAAAGUGCAAAUCAAUCCCAGAACAACAGCAAAGGACCUUGUGAAGAUGCUGGAGAAAACAGGUACAAAAGUAUAUAUACACAGUAAAACGAGUCCUAUAUUGACAUAACCUGAAAGGCUGCUCAGCAAGGAAGAAGCCACUGCUCCAAAACCGCCAUAAAAAAGCAGGUAGCUUAGUGGUUAAGAACGUUGUGCCAGUAACCGAAAGGUCGCUGGUUCUAAUCCCCGAGCCGACUAGGUAAAAAAAAAAAACUUGAGCAAGGCACUUAACCCUAAUUGCUCCUGUAAGUCGCUCUGGAUAAGAGCGUUUGCUAAAUGACUAAAAUGUAAAUGUAAAUGUAAUGAAAGUACUUUGGUGCGAAAAUUACAAAUAAAUCCUAGAACAACAGCAAAGGACCUUGUGAAGAUGAUGGAGGAAACAGGUACAAAAGUUUCUAUAUCCACAGUAAAACGAGUCCUAUUUCGACAUAACCUGAAAGGCCACUCAGCAAGGAAGAAGACACUGUUCCAAAACCGCCAUAAAAAAGCCAGACUACGGUUUGCAACUGCACAUGGGGACAAAGAUCUUACUUUUUGGAGAAAUGUCCUCUGGUCUGAUUAAACAAAAAUAGAACUGUUUGGCCAUAAUGACCAUUGUUAUGUUUGGAGGAAAAAGAGGUAGGCUUGCAAGCCGAAGAACACCCUCCCAACCGUGAAGCACGGGGGUGGCAGCAUCAUGCUGUGGGGGUGCUUUGCUGCAGGAGGGACUGGUGCACUUCACAAAAUAGAUGGCAUCAUGAGGAAGGAAAAUUAUGUGGAUAUAUUGAAGCAACAUCUCAAGACAUCAGUCAGGAAGUUAAAGCUUGGUCGCAAAUGGGUCUUCCAAAUGGACAAUGACCCCAAGCAUACUUCCAAAGUUGUGGCAAAAUGGCUUAAGGACAACAAAGUGAAGGUAUUAGAGUGGCCAUCACAAAGCCCUGACCUCAAUCCUAUAGAAAAUAUGUGGGCAUUACUGAAAAAGCGUGUGCGAGCAAGGAGGCCUACAAACCUGACUCAGUUAUACCAGCUCUGUCAGGAGGAAUGGGCCAAAAUUCACCCAACUUAUUGUGGGAAGCUUGUGGAAGGCUACCCGAAACGUUUGACCGAAGUUAAACAAUUUAAAGGCAAUGCUACCAAAUACUAAUUGAGUGUAUGUAAACUUCUGACCCACUGCGAAUGUGAUGAAAGAAAUAAAAGCUGAAAUAAAUAAUUCUCUCUACUAUUAUUCUGACAUUUCACAUUCUUAAAAUAAAGUGGUGAUCCUAACUGACCUAAGACAGGGAAUUUUUACUAGGAUUAAAUGUCAGGAAUUGUGAAAAACUGAGUUUAAAUGUAUUUGUCUAAGGUGUAUGUAAACUAACGACUUGAACUGUACUAUAAUUACUGAAUAUCUCAUACAUACAGCGCAUUCGGAAAGUAUUCAGACCCCUUCCCUUUUUCCACAUUUUGUUACCUUACAGCCUUAUUCUAAAAUUGAUUAAAUUAAAUGUUUUCCUUAUCAAUCUACACACAAUACCCCAUAAUGACAAAGCAAAAACAGGUUUUUAGAAAUGUUUGCAAAUGUAUAAAAAUACAUUUAAAAAAAUACCUUAUUUACAUAUGUCAUAAGUAUUCAGACCCUUUGCUAUGAGACUCGAAAUUGAGCUCAGGUGCAUCCUGUUUCCAUUGAUCAUCCUUGAGAUGUUUCUACAACUUGAUUGGAGUCCACCUGUGGUAAAUUCAAUUGAUUGGACAUGAUUUGGAAAGACACACACCUGUCUAUAUAAGGUCCCACAGUUAACAGUGCAUGUCAGAGUAAAAACUAAGCCAUGAGGUCGAAGGAAUUGUCCGUAGAGCUCCGAGACAGGAUUUUGUCGAGGCACAGACCUGGGGAAGGGUACAAAAAAAUGUCUGCAGCACUGAAGGUCCCCAUGAACACAGUGGCCUCCAUCAUUCUUAAAUAGAAUAAGUUUGGAACCACCCAGACUCUUCCUAGAGCUGGCCACCCGGCCAAACUGAGCAAUCGGAGAGAAGGGCUUUGGUCGGGGAGGUGACCAGAGCGCCAGAGUUCAUCUGUGGAGAUGGGAGAACCUUCUAGAAGGACAACCAUCUCUGCAACACUCCACCAAUCAGGCCUUUAUGGUGGAGUGGCCAGACGGAAGCCACUCCUCAGUAAAAGGCACAUAACAGCCCGCUUUUUUAAUACAUUUGCAAACAUUUCUAAAAACCUGUUUUUGCUUUGUCAUUAUAGGGUAUUGUGUGUAGAUUGAUGAGGGGAAAAAAACAAUUUAAUUCAUUUUAAAAUAAGGCUUUAACAACAAAAUGUGGAAAAUUUCAAGGGGUCUGAAUACUUCCAGAAUGUACUGCAAAUGACCCUUAGUUUCAUAAAUGAUUGCUUUUUCUUAUUUGCAUCAGAUGCUGUGUAUACAUUUAUCACUCUUAUUUUCGUUCCUCUAAGGAAGCACUCCAAUAACAAAUAAUCAACAUCUGCAAAGUCUGUUAUUCUAAAUUAUUUUAGAUGUAUUUACUUACCUUCUCCUGGGGACUUGGUUUCUCAGCCUGGUCUCAUAGACUAGAUGUAACAUAGUAAAUGUAUAACUAAGACACUGAGAUUAGUAUGCUACUGUAUGUUAUGUUUGGUAUGGUUACAUAAGACAGAAGGUUAUCAAAGGCAAAAACGAAAGUAGGGUUAUUGGUAGGGGUGGACAGCUAACAUUAGCCACAACAAAUUGGAUUUCAUAACAUAUCAUACAAUUUGUAACAUAUUGUAUGUAUUGCAAUUCGUAACAUUUGUACGAAUUGCAAUUCGUAACAUAUCAAACGAAUUGAUGAUGGACAUCCCCAAAUUAAUACAUACCAUACGAAAUGUAACAUAUUGUACUAAUUGGAGGAUCCCAGAUUUACAUGUACUAUGUUACGUCUACCCCUGAGUCCAGGUUGGGUUUUCAUCUUUCUUUUUAACUUGGUUUUGGAUUGAGAAGUGUGAACGGUGUUUCACUCCACCUGCUUGAGUGGUGGGCGGAACUAGCUCUGGCAGGGAAGGGAGCAGAGGGGCGGGGGGCAGGGGGGGAGGGAAUCGUAGUCAUCUCUCUCUUUUCGGGGGUCGGGGAAUUAAUACUGAAAUCUGACUCGCAUCCUCAAAUGACUCUUCUUCCUCACUCUCACUGCGGCUGAACCUGGAGGAUUGGAUACUCUCGUUGACACCUUCCUCGGAGAUCUGGUCGCCUUCACUUUUGGAUUCAGCUCCCUCGGCUUCUCUCUCAUUCACUGGCACCUGUCUCUCAGCUGCGCUCGGACCUGUCGCGGGGGGUGGAACUCACUGUCGGGGUCUGUCUCUGUCUCUCUCUCCUCGUCUGUCUCUUCCUCUAGGCUGGAUUGGGGACCAACGCUUCACCUAUGGGCAUUCCUUGCCGUGAUGGUCUAGCCCCUGGCAGAUGUAACAAUGAGGGGCCUGUCCAGGGUAGGAGAUCUUCCCGUUGUACGGGACCAGUGAGAUUGAGUUACGGAUUGUUAUCGACUGCCCACUUGUUGUUUCGUGCACGGGCACUUUGUACUUGUGUACUCCAUACCAUAUCCCAAACUUAUCCACAGGUUUCACUGCAGGUUGUAAAACCAUGAAGUACCUGUUUAGAAACAGUUCGACGACGUGAUCUGGAACUUUCAAAGACCAUCUUGACGUCCAGGUCAAUGGAGGACUCCACUGUCCAGUCUUUCCACUUUGCGGCUGUCUCUUGGGCUGACUGGACUUCUAGGAAGCGGCGUAAUGAAGGUUUUUCCUUGAAGACAAGCUCGAAAUCUCUCCUGUUCGGCAGUGCAAUGAAUAAGUAAACAUUUGAGAUCAAAUGUUUCAAAUGAGGCGACAGUACAGAAUGGCACCUUUUAUUUGAGGGUAUUUUCAUACAUAUCUGUUUUACUGUUUAGAAAUGAAAGUACUUUAUGUAUCUAGUGUAAUAAGUAUUUGGACAAUGUCACUUAUAGGUGUAUGGGUAUUAAAGUAGUCAAAAGUUGAGUAUUUGGUCCCAAAUUCCUAGCACACAAUGACUACAUCAAUCUUGUGACUACAGACUUGUGGGAUGCAUUUGCAGUUUAUUUUGGUUGUGUUUCAGAUUAUGUUGUGCCCAAUAGAAAUGAUUGAUAAAUAAUGUAUUGUGUCAUUUUGGAUUCACUUUUAUUGUAAAUAAGAAUUUAAUAUGUUUCUGAACACUUCUACAUUAAUGUGGAUGCUACCAUGAUGAAGGAUAAUCUUGAAUGAAUCCUGAAUAAUGAUGAGUGAGAAAGUUACAGAAGCAUAAAUAUUAAACCCCCCCCAAAAAAUGCGAACCUCCCCUGUUAUUGGUAAUGGUGAGAGGUUAGUAAAAGCCUAUCUAUUUUUCCCUUCAAUUACAUAAAUUGCCCCUAAACAGUAUGUUUCCGACAUAGUCUACAUUGCAUGCCUUAAUGAAACUGGAAGUAACUAACUUUUGUGUCUGGCUAUGUUUUUUGUUUUAUUUGUUUAUGUUUUAAACUAGAGAGUGGUUCCUGAAUGGGAAUUACCUCAUCAUCAUCGUCAGUGUGUGCAUCAUCCUCCCACUUGCCCUGAUGAGACAACUGGGUAUGUGACUUAUCUCAUCAUGAACUUUCCUAAUGGCCGCUAAUGACCUCACUGUCUGUCAAUCAUUCAAUCAGCACCUCUUGAUUCAUAUAUUCAUAAAACAAAACAUUUGGAUGACUAUCUGUUUAGGACCUAUUUUAGGUCAGGAGCAGACGUGUUCUGGAAACCAAACGUUGUCAGCUGGGCUGUGGGAUGGUUUUUGUUGUUUUUGUUGUAGUAACAAUCCUUGGUUGCAUCUUGCAGGGUAUUUGGGUUAUACCAGUGGCUUCUCCCUCACCUGCAUGGUCUUCUUCCUUUCCUCGGUGAGUGACAUCUGACGACAGAUGUCUAUAUUGUAUUAUUAUAUUACACUAUAUAUUACACCAACAAUCAUACAUUUCAAUGUUAUAUACUAAUACUGCAUAUGCUUUUCACCAUUUUGGGAAUUUUCACAAUUUGGGGAAAUUAAAUUCCUCCUAAUGAUUUUCUAUUGUCUGUUUUUAGUGAUUAUUUACCCUUGCUAAUGUACUAGAUGUGUUAAUAGUUUUUGUGUUCACAGCUUAUCAUAGGACAUGACUAAAGACUAAAGACUGUGAUUCUAAUGUGCACUCGACAAUUUAUGAGGAGAUAUGUAUAUCUUGUGCCACUCCACCUCACAUGACAUUUCAUGUGAGCUCCUGUUUCCUAGACUCACUGCCAGCCAGGCCUUGUUGGUGAAAUUUGAUAACAACAUGGAUACAGGUGUAGGAUCUUAAUUUGAGCCAGUUUGCUACUGCAGGAAAAUACUGCAGCAACAGGAAAUGUGAAUUAUUAUGUGGAUUAUAAUGAAUUAACAUUUUUGUAAGGGUUGAUACAUUUUUCGUAAGGGAAAAUCUAGCCUGGAAUGUCAAAGUAGAAAUUACAAAUGUCAGAAGUCUUUUUAAACCUCAAAUACACUACACAUUUUACAUUUCCUGCAUUGCUUAUUAAGAUCCUACAUCUGUACGUUAACCUUCUGAAAUAGGUAAUUAUCUGAUUAUGUUGACAUACAAGGGAAAAAGGGGGGCAACAUUAUAAAUGAACCAUAUUCGGCCCAAUAAUUAUUUAUAUAUAGUAAAAUGUAAAAUCUAUAGCUCAACAAUUUUAUACUAUUCAAUGUUGUUGAAUACUUGAGCACAAUCCUAGAUUACACUAUUGUGCAUGUUGUUGCAGUUCUGGGCAUUAACAAGUUACUUUUUUAAAUGCCUUGCUGCAGAAAGGUACAUUAUUAAUGUAACAAAUUCUAUCAUUGAACUUGAUCAAUUAGCAAAAGCAGAAGGAGGAAUGAGGCUUGGGACAGGAAUUCACAAAUUAACCAAAGAUACAGUAUGUCAUCAUGGUUGUCAGCGAUAGAGGGUCAAUCUUUUUCCGCUAACUCUGCUACCUCUGACAUCUCACUUUCUUUCUUUCUUUCUUUCUUUCUUUCUUUCUUUCUUUCUUUCUUUCUUUCUUUCUUUCUUUCUUUCUUUCUUUCUUUCUUUCUUUCUUUCUUUCUUUCUUUCUUUCUUUCUUUCUUUCUUUCUCAAAGGUCAUAUACAAGAAGUUCAACAUCCCCUGCCCACUGGUGCCAUAUGGUAGAAAUCACACAACAAUCAUCAACACCACCAUGGAAGAGGAGGGACAGUGCGAAGGCAAAAUGUUCACCAUCAACCAGGAGGUUAGGAAAUGGAGCGUUUACGGCACAGCUACACAAAUAUCAGUUCAAAUAUAUAUUUUAGUGUUUAUUCCACAUCAGCUCUGGUCUUAGGUUCUUACUGUGCUACAACCACAUAAGGUUAGGAGCUAUUUACAGUUGGAGCACAGGUCAUUCAAUAUUCGAAUGACUCUGUGCAUCCAUGCACAUAUCAUGUUACUGCCGGGACAACUGGUUGUCCAUGUGUAUUGAGGCGGAGCAGAACCAAUGUGGCACAAUUGUCCACACAGUCUUGUGAGUUUCCUCAAUCAAUCCUCAUGCGACGCCUCUAAUUUUAGUUACGCUUUAUAUGGUUUCCAGACGGCGUAUACCAUCCCCAUCUUGGCGUUCGCCUUUGUUUGUCACCCCGAGGUGCUUCCCAUCUACACUGAACUGAAAAAGUAAGUUGAUAAAACCAUAUGAAUUCCCAAUUAGCUCCCUUCACGAACACCAUAGCAUGUUGACAUGACAACCUUUAUCUUUCUUAACUGAUAAUAAAUGUAACAUCUUUACUGUCAUCCCUGUACCUCAUUAAUUGAUUAAAAAAAGAAAAAACGCAUUCUUUUCCACCAAAGUGCCACCAAGAGGCGUAUGCAGGGUAUUGCGAAUGUGUCCAUCAUGGGCAUGUUCGUUAUGUACCUCCUCACCGCCGUUUUUGGGUACCUCACCUUCUACGGUAAGACCAGGGCUUCAAGAGGGCUUUAGUUGUAUACACUCUACAGAAAAAAAGAAUGAUUUUUGCAUUUCAAAUUAUACUCAAUUUGUGUGUGUGUGUGUGUGUGUGUGUGCAUGCAUGUUUGUGUGUGCGUGCGUGUGUGUAUGCGUGUUUGUGUGCGUGCGUGUGUGUAUGCGUGCUUGCGUAUAUAUGUUUAUGUAGUGAACACAGAAUCUGAGCUCCUGCACACCUACAGCAAAGUGGACCCUCUGGACACACUGAUCCUGUGUGUGCGUGUGGCCGUACUGGUGGCAGUCACCCUUACUGUCCCUGUGGUUCUCUUCCCUGUAAGAGCCUCCUCUCAUUAGCUUUAAUUACAUAUUUGAAUUACUGUAUUUCUAAGGACGCUUCAAAUGGUUUGCAUUUCAAACAUUAUUUGCAUUUUAAAACCGACAUAACCUAGAUAUUCCCACGGGGGGCCAGUAUGAAAAAUGUAUGCACUCACUAACUGUAAGUCGCUCUGGAUAAGAGCAUCUGCUAAAUGACUAAAAUAAAAAAUAAAAAGUUAAAUAUACAGGCAACUGCCAUAAUAAAGGAAACACCAACAUAAAGUGUCUUAAUAGGGUGUUGGGCCACUACGAGCCAGAACAGCUUCAAUGCACCUUGGCAUAGAUUCAACAACUGUCUGGAACUCUAAUGCAGGGAUGCAACACUAUUCUUCCAUGAUAAAUUCCAUCAUUUGGUGUUUUGUUGAUGGUGGUGGAAAACACUGUCUCAGGCGCCGCUCCAGAAUCUCCCAUAACUAUUCAAUUGGGUUGAGAUCUGGUGACACGCGCACACAUACACACACACACACACACACACUCCCUAUGCUCCUUUGAGACCCCUCUUUCAAAGUCACUGAGAACUCUUAUUUUAGCCAUGGUAGCCAACAUAAUGGGCAACUAGGCAUUUUUGAACAUGACCCUAAGCAUGAUAAUUAAGCAUUAAUUGCUUAAUUAACUCAGGAACCACACCUGUGUGAAAGCACCUGCUUUCAAUAUAAAUUGUUUCCUUUAUUUUGGCAGUUAGUUGAAUAUCCAUUUCACUCUAAAUGUUAACUUACUGUGUCACACAGAAUAGCUGACGCUGGGUUGUACAUUCUAUAACCUCUGUUCAUUUAGAUUGAUUGACUUUAAAUACCUCAUAACUUGACAGCCAUGUUUCAAGUUUCACCAUAGACACUCCUCUGAGUCCUCUCUGUUGUGUAUGGUUUCCAGAUUCGCAGAGCCAUUCUCCAGCUCCUGUUCCCAGCAAAACCCUUCCACUGGGCACGCCACAUCACCAUCGCCCUGUGUCUCCUCUGUGUGGUCAAUGUGCUCGUCAUCCUUGUGCCCAACAUCCGAGACAUCUUUGGCAUCAUUGGUGAGAUUUAUAUGUUCAUGAGUAUAGGCUACUACAGUUCAUCCAGCCUCAGAGGCUCAUUCUCUCCAUACUCACAAAUCAAUCAGACACACUGUACCAUGUUUCAUCAUCAUCAUCAUCAUCAUCAUCCUUAUUAACACUAUAGGAAGAAAGACCUUCAUAUUGACAUUCAUUUUACAUUACAAAUGCCUCAUACAUGGUCCUCUGUAGCUCAAUUGGUAGAGCAUGGCGCUUGUAACGCCAGGGUAGUGGGUUCAAUCCCCGGGACCACCCGUACGUAAAAAUGUAUGCACACAUGACUGUAAGUCGCUAUGGAUAAAAGUGUCUGCUAAAUGGCAUAUUAUUAUUAUUAUUACGGUACUUACCAGUGGAACACCUCAUUGUCUCCUUUGUCUGUCCAGGGGCCACCACUGCACCUAGUCUGAUCUUCAUCCUCCCAGGAUUAUUCUACAUCCGCAUUGUUCCCACUGAACAAGAACCAAUGAAGUCAAGACCAAAGAUCACGGUAGGUCUUCACAUCAUUCAUACAUUUUACUGCCAUUGUCUAGACACGUUUGUUAAAACUCUCCACACAAUCCUCAGGUUUUGGCACCAUAUAGAAUGACCCCUUUGCUACAGUUUGGAGUGGGUGGGUGGUAUCACAAUGGGUGCUAGUAAAAACAUCCUAAACCCGGGUUUGGGUGGAGAUUUCUAACAACAUUAAUGACUUAAAGGCGAAUUCCAACGACUCUUUCUCUGGCUGGUUUCAGGCUGCCUGUUUCACAGCCAUGGGCUUCAUCUUCAUGUCUAUGAGCCUGACGUUCAUCAUUAUCGACUGGACGACCGGAGAGAAACGAGCUGGAGGUGGCCAUUAGAGCACAUCCAUUGACGAUAGGGGUCCAUACGCCACACAGCAGCACGCCCUGUCGCCGUGCCACUUCUCAAUCCCGUCUGGAUUGUGAGAAGGAUCAAACACAGUCGAAAGGCUGGACCCUUUUUACCUUUUACCAUACCUCCACGAUGGUAAGACCAUUUCCCCACCAUUUCAAAUCAAAUGGACAUGCUACACUUCCAUGGAGGCGAGUCUUUGAGGAACCCAGUGAUGUCACUAUCUUUGUGGUAGGAGUUCGAGGAAGUGUCAGAGGAGCUGACGAGGGUACCUGUGAAAACCCAUAAACCACUACUUGCUGCCUGUGUCAAAAGCCAUUAAAAAAGUGACAGAGAUAGAAGAGGGGAGGGGUUAAUUUUCUCUAUGCAAGGGGACUUGACCUCUUGAACAGUCAGGCUUCCCUCACUACCCAACUGCCAAACAAUUCACCCCAUGUUAGUUUCUCGAUCAAAUAUCGGCUGUGGUUUAAUUGACCAGUUUUAAGGAGAAGAGAAGAAAAUUGAUUUAAUUUUAUGACAUUACACUAUCUGUGAACCCCUAGAUUUGGUUGUUGAACGUAAUUUCAGCAACAUUUGUUGAGGUAAUUGACCAAGUUGAGAGACUGGUAGUGCCAGUUUUUCUCCGAAGCUGCAGACCAUUUAUAAACCAAAUGAGCCAAGAAUGAUAAAUCAAACACUUUUCUGUAUGGUUGACCUAUUUAUAUUUUAUCACGUUGCUUCAUGCCAAAUAAUGUGUUUACUCAAAUGUUCCAGUUAUCAUGGAGCAACCAGUCUUUUCUGUAUCUCUAUUAGAAUGAGAGAGAUAUAGUUCAUACUUUUUGCUAUCUCAUCAGCUAUCUAAAUUCAUCAUUCUGCAGAAUCAGUCUCUUCAAGAUAUUGCAAGUUUGGCUUUUAAAUCUAUUGGACAGUAUGUCUUCAAUUCGGUAUCCAUCUAGUCUUCACCACAAUAUUCUGAACAAUGAAAUGACACAUUUCAAAUCACAUCAUGAGCGUAGUGAACAAAACAACUGUGAAGUGAACCCAAAAUACUUUGUACAGUAUAGUUAUCAUACGUUCUCCUUUUGUGAAAAUGUUUUAUGCUGGUGCUAUGCAAAUAGGGAAUCCGCAAUAAUGUCUCUGUAUAUUUGACAUCCAACAAAGCAAUGAGGCAAUAAUGAAGAAGCGAGUGCCAUACAAACUGAAUGAUGACAUUCAGCUGUGUCUUAUUUGACAUGUAUAGUCUGUGCAGAUUUUCGGUCAUGUAAUGCAGCAUGUGCUGAGUCCCUGCUUAUAAUGAUUUGUAUAAUGGAGACUGAGGUAAUACUAUUGAAUAAGGUCAAAUAUUGACAUACAAUCAAUAGAUAAUGUGGAGCAAGAGGAUCUCAGAGCCCAUUUGGGUGGCUGAAUGUUUGUUUAGGAAGGACACGGCUGAGUGUCUUGGCGAUUUCGUUACAAAAAGGUGAUAGCUUUUUGUAAUGGCACCAGCCUACUGUCUGUUGCUAAGCACAUUUUGUGUUUGACAUGGCACCAUUGUCAAUUAUAUUAUAUUUUCAAUAAAGUCUAAUGGUUGUCAGUAUUUAUUGAGACGUCUUUACUGUGAUCCGCAUGCUCUGUGUUUUUUGCUUUUCACAACAUUCACAAAUGAUUGACAAAUUAAAUUGUAAUUCUCCUUCAACAUGC